AUGUCGCGCUACUACACUCAAGGCGCUGGCCGCCCCGACGCGGAAGAGGAGGAGAUGAUGGACCGCGUCGUGCCCGGCGGCUCGAGGCAGGUCCGCGGCAACACGGCCGCACACCAGCCUCUGCGUGACUCGUACUAUGACGACGGGGAGGAGCGGGACCAGGGCUUUGACGUCCGCGCCGACUUUGACGGUGCCGGUCCUCGCUGGAGCGAGAUGUACGGCGUGGCCAAGAACGAGACGUACCGCCCAGUGUACGACCACGAUGUCGCGGCGGCGCCGAUGGCGGCGUCGGGCAUGGACAGCAUGAAGGGCACCAACACUGGUGGCUACGAUGCGUCGGAGAUGGUCUCCGUCCCCGUCUUGGGUCCCGAGUGGGGCAAGGGCGAGCUCCACGAUGUCUCGCGCCGUGGCCAGGACGACAUCAAGGCCGAGAAGCGCCGUAUGAACUUUCGCGCGUGGAGCCGCGACCAGCGUGGCAUGUGUGGUAUCAGCUGGAUGACCCGUACGGUGUUUGUCUUUAUUGCGUUCGCCUUUAUCGUCGCCCUCAUCCUCGUCCUCUACUUUACAAUCCCGCGCGCUGUCACGUUUACGAUUUACGACUCGGACCCGCUUUACGUGGACAAUUCGACGCUGGUCCUCACCCGCACCCCUACAAACUUUUCGUUUAGCGGCGAGCUCCACCUCCUCGCGGACUCGUCCUCCAGCUGGAUCCCUGUCCAGUUUAGCAACGCUGUCGCGACAGUGUAUGACCUCGAGACCAUGAAGAAGAUCGCCACGGGCAACCUUGGCAAGUACAAGAUGGCCAAGGGAAACGCCAACGCCGUCCGCUUCCCUAUCAACUUUGCCUACGAGGCUGUCAACACGUCCGACACGACCUGGACGGACAUGUACAAUGCGUGCCAGUACCCCUUCAGCGGCGUGGUACGCGCCACCCUCAACUUCCGCGUCGAGAUUGUCCAGAGCAUCGUCGGCCUCGUCGGCCACCCAAUGUCGGUCGACUCCAUCACUGGUGUCACAUGCCCCUUCCAGUUCAGCUCCGCGUCUUAA